AUGACAAUACGCGUUCGCGUAAAGGCUAGUGCCAUUUCACUGUGGCACAGCUCGCGUUACAAAACCUUGAUUUUGACCAUUGCGCGAAAAAGGGCGCCAGCCACGGGGCGGCUCUCCUUCUCGUGGCCGCACGCGAUGGACCAGGCUGCGGCCGCGGCGCGGCUAAAGGGGCCCCUCUUUCCGUUUGGGCACGGGCUGCAGACCAGGGCGGUGGGUUGA